CGCAUGCGGUAUGAUUUCAGGUGCUGAACACAAGAGACCGUGGUCUGCAGCCGAGAUAUUGUCCGAUGUGCAAUAUGAGCCCACCCUGGCGGAAAAUAGCCAGGCUGCAUCAAGGUCAGAUGUCUUCAUGCAUGAGGAUUAAAAAGACGUCUGCACCCGUCGUUGUGAGAUGCAGGUUCAUGGUGGAUCACACUCAUGCACCCAUUGGGACCAACCGAGUCAUUAUCGUUACUGCUUGCAGCUUCUUGCCCCCAUCUUGCAUCUGACGCUUUGUUCCUGAAGAUUACAUGCGUCUGCCCCUCGAUCUUACUCUGGAUUCCUUCUUGUCAACCUUGAACCCCAUCUCCAGGACCAAUUCGAAGCAAUAUGUCAAGUGAGGUGAAGAACACAAUCACGGUACCACCGGCGGUGGUAUGCGCUUCAGGGCCGGAAAGUCCCAGUUCAUCAACAUUCACAGAAGCCUCUACCAUAAAGGUCUUCUCAGAGAAGGUGGAAGUGACCCAAUAUCGUGACUCGGAAGAUGGAUCUCUUGACCUCGAAGCUCAAGCUCCAAAGAAGCGCAGGUUCGCUGCGGUUCGCUUCAUAUUCCUCAACAUAUACCGACGCCUGUUCUCCUUGGUCUUCUUGGCCAAUGUAGCUGUAUUCAUUGCAAUCAUGGUAACGGAUCGAAAGCUACUUGCACUGGUAAAUGCAGCAGCAGGUAACCUGCUUGCAUGCGGCCUCGCCCGGCAGCCCUUGGUGGUGAACUCGAUCUUUGUUCUCGUGGCAUCCAUUCCGAGAUCCGCACCUCUUCGGAUACGACGCAUUGCAGCCAAGGUGUACCACUAUGGGGGUGUCCACAGCGGGUGCGGGAUAGCCUCAUUUGUCUGGUAUGCGGGGUUUGUCGGCCUCCUAUCACAGGAAUACUGGUCUCCAUCAUCGGGCGGGCCAACCACCUCCAUGGCACCAGUGAUCCUAGCAUACUUGAUCUUGGUCGUAUUGCUCGCCAUCAUCGUCGUCGCCCACCCGACGUUCCGCAUCAGGAAGCACGAUUACUUCGAGCUCAUCCAUCGGUUCUUCGGCUGGCUCGUGGUGGUGCUCUUCGUGAUCCUGCUCAUGGUCUUCGCCAACGAGGUCAGCCGCGCGGCGAACGAGCCGCUCGGAACAUUCCUGGUGCAGCUCCCCGCCUUCUGGUUCUUGGUGCUCACAGUCGUGGCCAUCGUGCAACCAUGGACGCUCCUCCGCAAGGUCACGGUGCAGCCGGAGGCCCUCUCCUCGCACGCCGUGCGGCUGCAUUUGAGCCACACGACCACCACAUUCGGCAAGGGCAUCCAGCUGGCGCGCCACCCGCUGCGGGACUGGCACGGGUUUGCGACGUUCCCGAACCCGGACGGCCAGAGCUUCUCCUGCCUGGUGUCCAAGGCGGGCGACUGGACGGCCGCCUGCAUCCAGGACCCGCCCACGCACCUGUGGAAACGCGGCGUCCUCCUGUAUGGGUUCGCGUACGCGAUGCGGGUGUUCAAGCGCGUAGUCGUGGUCACCACGGGCUCGGGCAUCGGACCCUGCCUGUCCUUCCUCGGGGACGACAACCGCCCGGCGCUGCGGGUGGUCUGGCAGACUCGCGCCCCGCUGAAGACAUACGGACAGGGGGUGCUGGAUCUGGUGUCGGUGAUGGACCCGACCCCUGUGGUAGUCGACACGAAUCAGUCUGGGCGCAUCGAUAUGGUCCCGAUGAUUCGGCGGAUCGUGCAGGACUUCGAUGCGGAAGCGGUUUGCGUGAUCAGUAACCCUGUGUUCACCAAGAAGGUGGUAUAUGAGUUGGAAUCGAGGGGCAUACCGGCGUUUGGGCCCAUCUUCGACUCGUGACCCAGUGUCGUCCUUUGGGCUGUGUAUAUAUACUAGGGAGCAAGGUGUUGGGAUUGGUUCAAGCAGGCGUGGUUUUCUUUGGAGUCGAUUUGGGAUUGUCAUGGUGUCAGGAACCGAAAUUUAGGGAAAGGAAACGAUUCAGACGAAGUCAAGCCAUGUGGGACUUCGUGAUUGUAAAUAGUAUUGGAAUUCAGGGAAAGUCUAUGAGUGAUGCAGUUG